UUAUACCGACAUUUCUCUCUCUCGAAAUCGCCACAUUUCUUCCUGUUAUGCGCUGUUAUCAAACCGUAUUUACAUUUUGCUUGUUGUUUUUUCCUCUGAGGAAAAAAAAGUCAGAAAAAAAGAAAAAAAUCGGUGCUUAGAUUCCGCUCUUUGAUGAAUUAUACAUAACACGUGCAGCUUGUUUUUUAUCAUUCUGACUAUCGAGAGGAGAAGAAACGAAAUCGAGGAGAGAAAUAAAAAGAGAAAUCUGCAUCGGCAUCUCUGUGGAUGUUAACACAAGGAGGAACUUCCUUCCAUUCAUUGUGAUGUAGAGUUAUGUUAAUUGACUUCGCUUGGAUCUAUAGUGUACUGUCAACGAGUUUAAAAACUCGCGUGUCGAAUUCAGGGCAUAUCUUUUUGUGAAAAAAACGCCAUUGACAAGGAUUUUGAAUUUGAUACCUAUUGUUUGUUACUCGGUGCAAAAUGUUCUUAAAGGUCGUAGUGUGGAUGUUUUGCAUUCGACACCGUAAUUGAUACCAAGUGUUUAAUGUUUUAAGUGUAUGAAGUCAAGCACAUUUUUAAAUCGGACAUAAAUAAAACAGGUGAUUGACAGAAAAAAUAAUAUGUGUAAACGAGGCUGAUAAAAAAGGGCUGUAUGUAAGCUUGGACUAAAAUGGAUGCCGAUCUCGACUCUCUGGUCGAUGAUUACGCCAACAAAGUGUUCCCCACAACCGCCACUUACUACAUGGCCGCCAGUCUAGGGGCCCUUGGCAACAUUAUCGUUCUUCUGGUGUAUAUUUUUCGAAUUAAGCGACAGGUUCAUCGUUACUACAUACCGGUUCUGGCGGUCGUCGAUUUCACCGGAUGUGUCAAUAACGUUGUAUUUUUCCACUUUCUGGACUCGCACCAGUACGAUUAUCCGAGCGACGCACUAUGCCGAUGCAUCUCCUUUCUUGUUAUUUUCAACAAUGGAGUUUCCGGUCACGUGAUACUCGUCAUAGCACUUCAAAGAUACAUGAUGCUAUGUCGCCCUUUCGCCAAACAGUUAAACGGGGGUAUGAGAAGAGCCUCGCUUCUAAUUGUAAGUGCGUUGGCCUUAUUCUAUGGAUUGCCAACUUUUUAUGCCAGUGGUACUUCAAAUCAGACUCUGAACUACGGUAACAAAACAUACAAUACAACAACCUGUAGCUUUGUCAGUCAUGUCAGUUCUAAAAACAAUUUCCAAAAAGGUUACUUUGGGUUCUUGCUCGCCAUGAUACUCCUGAACAUUUUUAUCACCGCAGGCCUGUAUAUUCCCGUCUUAAAGCGGGUGUAUCACUCGUUCGCGCGUCUGGAAGAGACGUCAUUUCCGGAGGAAGUUCCCGUUAACGACGAAGGAGAGGUGAUGGGCGGAUCUCGUUCUUCUUCCCGGGCGCGGAUGAAGCAUAACAUGAGCUUGACGGUUUUCUGUAUAAUUGUUGUUUACAUAAUCUCGUUUCUGCCUUCUUUGUUAACACAGACUAUGGCUCUGAAGGAACCUUCUAUAGCGGACACGGCAGUACACAUGAAUUUGUACCACUUUUUUGCCAGGUUUUAUGUAUUUAACCAUAUCGUUAAUCCAUUUAUUUACAUUGGUUUUGAUGUGAAGUUUAGGAAAGAAAUCACCUUUCUGGUUACAUCAUUUCGAAGAAAAUAAAACGAGGAAGAAAUCUAUGAUUUUAAAUUUCAUUUUCGUGCAUAGUAAUUUUCGCUGUCUGAAAUUUGCAGUAGUGAAAAAAUUCAUAAAAUGCGAUAAGAAAUCGGAUUAUUUUCAAUGUGAAUUUUCCUGUUCGUGCAUUAUCUGUUUUACAGAAGGAAUUUGGGUGUACAAGUCGAUGCUUCCAAUUUAUUAAGUACAAUUAAUUAAGUUAAUUACAAAUCGAUUUGGAUUUAAUCUUGGAUGAAAACCACAUUGCCGAUACUGCCAAGGAGCAAAUUCUUUAAAGUGCAUCUUGCCAGGAACAUCGUUUUUGUAGCAUUGCCUGCACUUAAUUUGUUAAUUUUAAUUCUCAGCCAGCAGAGGAUGUUCAUUCCUCCAUGGAACCUGAUCCUACCUCUAAUUUUUUUAGAGGUCCGUGUUUGCUCCGCUCCUGUUUUGUAUUUUUCCUCUGGAAUUCUGAUUUUGAACACUGUUCGUUAUCACCGCUUAAGGCAAUAUGAGCUGUAUUUUUUGGAAUUUUAUUUUGCUGGAAAAAGCUGCUAGUAUGAUAAGUCUGCAUAUAACUUAAACUUUUAUGAUAAAUAAGGUUUGAAAAAAUCAUAAAUUUUUGUCAGAGGAAAGAUUUCUCUUCUAAGGAAUAUAUAGCAAAUCAAUUUUUGUACAGGACGACAAUAAUUCAAUUUUGCUCCAAUUAAGGCUUCUUAACGGCAUUUUACACAAAAAUAUGGCUAAAAGAUGUUUAAAAACCAUAAUAUUUCUGUCAUUUUAGUAGAAAAUAACAUUUUCGUAAACAAAAAAUUCAACAUGAAAAUUGCAGCUCAUAUUGCUUUAACUUUCACGGUAACAUUAUAGUAAGGUGAUAUAACUAAAGUAUAGAAUUUCUGUUAGCAUGGACUUGUAUAUUCAAAUGCGUGAUUACUAAUAUAUGUUCAUGUCAUUUUAUGAACUCUCAAUUUCUUACGUGGUUGUAAAUAAGAAUUGUUAAAUACAUGACUGCAUUUCUUAUUGUUAAAUCAAAAAACUUACAAAAUGGCAUUCCAAAACCGAAUCAAUAUAAUAUUUUUUUCUUGUUACAAAACCAAACUUUCCAAAGACAUCGAUGUUUUCUUUUAAUUAAUUUUGUUUUUGCUUGACUUCACCAGGCUAUCCUGUAAAGACGGCUAUUUCUGCUAAUUAUGAAUGAUAGUAUCGGAAUUUUUGAUUGAUUUGAUGGUUAACCAUUAGGCCUUAUAUUUAUCCGUUACAUGUAUUAUGGGUUUUGUACUUAAAUCACCGAUUUAAAGUGUAUUUUACCAAAUGGUUGUUCCAACUAGUCGUAUUAUGCAUAUUGGAACGAUUUUCGUAUGACAUUUUUUUUUAGAUAAAGCAUGAAAAUCAAUA